CCUGUCGGUUUGGUGAUGUAAUGAAGUAAAAGAGGAGUAAAAAAUGGCGGAGAACAGUGGCACAGAUCCUGCCGUGGACAGGAAUGCCGAGGAAAACGCUGCCACCAGCGGCACCAUUAUCAUGGUCACUGUCAAAACACCUAAGGAUAAAGAGGAAAUAGCGAUCUCAGAAGACGCGUCUGUUUCACAGUUUAAAGAAGAAAUCUCUAAAAGGUUCAAGGCGAAACAGGACCAGUUAGUCUUGAUCUUUGCUGGAAAAAUCCUGAAAGACGGCGACUCGCUCACUCAACACGGCAUAAAGGAUGGCCUCACCGUUCACCUCGUCAUCAAAACGGCACAAAAGGCAACAAGCGGAGGCUCCACGGCUGCUUCGUCUAGCUCUGGUGCAUCGCAGGUCAGCAGUGGCACUGCAGCCACACCGAACCCUAGUCCAGCUGGAAACUUGGGUACAUCGCAGGGCAGUGGGCCGUCGCCAGCUCCCUCGCAGCCAGCCAACAUAUUAGCUGGCUUCGGUGACCUGUCCGGUCUUGCCAACCUGGGCAUGGGCUCGUCCAACUUCAUGGAGCUUCAGCAACAGAUGCAGCGGCAGCUCAUGUCCAACCCUGAGAUGCUCUCGCAGAUCAUGGAGAACCCACUGGUCCAGAACAUGAUGUCCAACCCCGACCUGAUGAGGCAGAUGAUCAUGGCUAAUCCGCAGAUGCAGCAGCUGAUGGAGCGAAACCCCGAGAUUUCACACAUGCUCAAUAACCCUGAGUUGAUGAGACAGACAAUGGAGUUGGCGAGGAACCCUGCAAUGAUGCAAGAGAUGAUGCGUAACCAAGACCGGGCGCUUAGCAACCUAGAGAGCAUCCCCGGGGGAUACAACGCUCUUCGGAGGAUGUACACAGACAUCCAGGAGCCCAUGUUUAGUGCCGCACGUGAGCAGUUUGGAAACAAUCCAUUCUCAGCCUUAGGUGGAAACACGGACGGCUCUGGAGCCCAGCCCUCCAGGACAGAGAACCGAGAGCCACUGCCAAAUCCAUGGGGCCCUCCUGAGACCAGCUCCUCUGGGACUGCCACCUCCAGCAGCUCCAACCCCCUGGGCAGCUCUACCACAAGCUCCACCACCCCCAGCGUCUCCAACCCCCUGGGCAUCAACUCUGCCAGCUUGGGCUCCGGCAUGUUUAACAGCCCUGGCAUGCAGAGCCUGAUGCAGCAGAUCUCAGAGAAUCCUCAGCUGAUGCAGAACAUGCUGUCUGCUCCUUACAUGCGCAGCAUGAUGCAGUCUCUGGCACAGAACCCUGACGUCGCCUCGCAGGUGUUGAUGAAUAACCCUCUUUUUGCUGGAAACCCCCAGCUGCAGGAGCAGAUGAGACAUCAGUUGCCAGUAUUUCUACAGCAGAUGCAGAACCCUGAUGCCCUCUCUGUGAUGACAAACCCACGAGCCAUGCAGGCUCUGAUGCAGAUCCAGCAAGGCCUGCAGACCCUCCAGACUGAAGCUCCUGGACUCAUGCCCAGUCUGAUUGCCGGAGGUGCUCCUGGUGGGAUCCCCACAGGGGUGAACGUGAGUUCUACUACAGAGAGUGUUCCACCACCCACUUCUGGGCAAGGCACCACCCCUGCUGCUGGAACCAACUCCUCCCAACAGCAGCUCAUGCAACAGAUGCUACAGAUGUUUGCCGGCGGAAGCGCAUCGACCCAGACUCCGGAGGUGCGUUUCCAGCAGCAGCUGGAGCAACUGAGUGCAAUGGGCUUCAUCAACAGAGAGGCCAACCUGCAGGCUCUCAUCGCCACAGGGGGAGACAUCAACGCCGCCAUCGAAAGACUGCUCGGCUCGCAGCCAUCUUAAUCCCUUCACCACCUAAUCACAACCAGAGACAAGUCACGGUCACGAACACAGUCCCUCAUCACCUAAUAUCUGACAAAUAGACUGAAUUCCAGUUGCUUCUUCCUUUAACACGGUUGAUCUGUGAAUCUUAGGAAAUAUGGGUUCUCAAAUUUAUUCCCUUAAAAAAAAAAAAAAAUCACAACGGAAUGAUCUGGCCUAGUUCAUUUCUGACUGCGUCCAUUAAUAAAUACGACAGGGCAACGCUGUGAACCAAGUGUAGGUUAUCAUUCCUUUUAAUUGACACAUACUCACUCGAGGCACUACUUCAUGGUUUUUGGGGAGUAGAAAAACAUAAGGGUGAUCUCCCGAGUCAGAAGAACUCUGUCUUUCAUGAGGAUUGUCAGUUUCCUUAAUCUUAAUUUUUUUCCUCUUUCUCUCUCACUCUCUCUCUUAAAUCAUACCCAACUAAACCAGUAUUUAUUGCAAACACCUAGAGAUUACCUUUUACUCCUUUAUCGAUGCUCCAGGAUUCACAAAGCUUCUCGUUUGACAUUAAUUGAAAUUUAAUAGAGGAAGAGCCUUGUCUGAGCAUUAUAACAGCCUCAUGCAGACGAUCGCUUACUCUUCAGCUGUUUGGAGGGGAAUUAAUACUUUUUUUUUUCUUUGAAAGAUGUGAGAUAUCCAGACAUCUCUUAGUCUUUUUGCCUUUUAGGAAACAGGCUGACUGAUUGAUAAAAAAAACAAACAAUUAAGCUUGUGGUUUUGGGGUAAGGUUGUAACAAGGCACCAAUAAAAAAAUAUUUCUCCGCUUACAAGCAGCGCUGAAAGCAGACACCAUUUGUUUGACCAUAUCUUUAUGCUUUGAAAUAGUACGCUAGUGUGUGGACAAAAGACCCGCAUUGUGUGCUGGAUACAUCAUCUUCCAGUUGAUGUAGUGAAGCCUGGUAACAGCAUGAACGUGAUGCUUUCCUGUGCACCAAUCUCAGUGCUAAUCUUCAUGAGUCUAAUGGAACUAACAGUUGCGUUUUUGAUGUGAAUUAAAAUGUGUUCAACUUUG